CUCUCCCAGCGUCCAGGAUGGAGCCCCUGGACGAACUGGAGCUGCUGAUGGAGAAGAGUUUUGGGGAGGAGGCUGCGCUGCCGGCGGAGCUAUUUCAGAAGAAAGUGGUAGCUUCCUUUCCUAGAACGGUUCUGAGCCGAGGAAUGGAUAACCGGUACCUGGUGUUGGCAGUCAAUACUGUACAGAACAAAGAGGGAAACUGUGAAAAGCACCUGGUCAUCACUGCUUCGCAGUCGCUAGAAAAUAAAGAACUAUGCAUCCUUAGGAACGACUGGUGUUCUGUAUCAGUAGAGCCAGGAGAUAUCAUUCAUUUGGAGGGAGAGUGCACAUCUGAUACUUGGAUAAUAGAUAAAGAUUUUGGAUAUUUGAUUUUGUAUCCAGACAUGCUGAUUUCUGGCACAAGCAUAGCCAGUAGUAUUCGAUGUAUGAGAAGAGCUGUCCUGAGCGAAACUUUUAGGAGCUCUGAGCCAGCCACACGCCAAAUGCUGAUUGGUACGGUUCUCCAUGAGGUAUUUCAAAAAGCAAUAAGUAAUAGCUUUGCUCCAGAAAAGCUACAAGAACUUGCUUUUCAAACAAUUCAGGAAAUAAGGCAUUUGAAGGAAAUGUACCGCUUAAAUCUAAAUCAAGAUGAAAUAAAACAAGAAGUAGAGGACUACCUUCCUGCAUUUUGUAAAUGGGCAGGAGAUUAUAUGCAUAAGAACAGUUCGACUGACUUCCCUCAGAUGCAGCUUUCUCUGCCAAGUGAUAAUAACAAGGAUAAUUCAACAUGUAACAUUGAAGUCGUGAAAUCAGUGGAUAUUGAAGAAAGCAUUUGGUCCCCUAGGUUUGGAUUGAAGGGCAAAAUAGACGUUACAGUUGGUGUGAAAAUACAUCGAGGGUGUAAAACAAAAUACAAGAUAAUGCCAUUGGAACUUAAAACUGGCAAAGAAUCAAAUUCUAUUGAACACCGUAGUCAGGUUGUUCUGUACACUCUGCUAAGCCAAGAGAGAAGAACUGAUCCAGAGGCUGGCUUGCUUCUCUACCUCAAGACUGGUCAGAUGUACCCUGUGCCUGCCAACCAUCUAGAUAGAAGAGAAUUAUUAAAGCUGAGAAAUCAAAUGGCAUUCUCUUUGUUUCACCGUAUUAGCAAAUCUGCUACUAGACAGAAGACACAGCUUGCUUCUUUGCCACAGAUAAUUGAGGAAGAGAAAACUUGUAAAUAUUGUUCACAAAUGGGCAAUUGUGCUCUUUAUAGCAGAGCAGUUGAACAACAGAUGGAUGGUAAUUCAGUCCCAAUUGUCAUGAUGCCCAAAAUAGAAGAAGAAACCCAGCAUCUGAAGCAUACACACUUAGAAUAUUUCAACCUUUGGUAUCUAAUGUUAACCCUGGAGUCACAAUCAAAGGAUAAUAAAAAGAAUCACCAAAAUAUAUGGUUAAUGCCUACUUUGGAAAUGGAGAAGGGUGGCAGUUGCAUUGGAAACUUGAUUCGAAUGGAACAUGUAAAGACAGUUUGUGAUGGACAGUAUUUACAUAAUUUCCAACAUAAAAAUGGUGCCAUACCUGUCACAAAUCUAAUGGCAGGUGACAGAAUUAUUGUGAGUGGAGAAGAAAGAUCACUAUUUGCUUUGUGUAGAGGAUAUGUGAAGGAGGUUAACAUGACAACAGUAACUUGUUUAUUAGACAGGAACUUGUCGGUCCUUCCAGAAUCAACUUUGUUUAGAUUAGACCAGGAAGAAAAAAAUUGUGAUAUAGAUACCCCAUUAGGAAAUCUUUCUAAAUUGAUGGAAGACACAUUUAUCAGCAAAAAGCUUCGAGAUUUAAUUAUUGACUUUCGUGAACCUCAUUUUAUAUCCUACCUUAGUUCUGUUCUUCCACAUGAUGCAAAGGAUACAGUUGCCUGCAUUCUAAAGGGUUUGAAUAAGCCUCAGAGGCAAGCAAUGAAAAAGGUGCUUCUUUCAAAAGACUACACACUCAUCGUGGGUAUGCCUGGGACGGGAAAAACAACUACGAUAUGUACUCUCGUAAGAAUUCUCUACGCCUGUGGUUUUAGCGUUUUGUUGACCAGCUACACACACUCUGCUGUUGACAACAUUCUUUUGAAGUUAGCCAAGUUUAAAAUAGGAUUUUUGCGUUUGGGUCAGACUCAGAAGGUUCAUCCAGCUAUCCAGAAAUUUACAGAGCAAGAAGUUUGCCAAUCAAAGUCCAUUAAAUCCUUAGCUCUUCUAGAAGAACUCUACAAUAGUCAACUUAUAGUUGCAACAACAUGUAUGGGAAUAAACCAUCCAAUAUUUUCCCGUAAAAUUUUUGAUUUUUGUAUUGUGGAUGAAGCCUCUCAAAUUAGCCAACCAAUUUGUCUGGGCCCCCUUUUUUUUUCACGGAGAUUUGUGUUAGUGGGCGACCAUCAGCAACUUCCUCCCCUGGUGCUAAAUCAUGAAGCAAGAGCUCUUGGCAUGAGUGAAAGCUUAUUCAAGAGGCUGGAGCAGAAUAAGAAUGCUGUUGUACAGCUAACCGUGCAGUACAGAAUGAACAGUAAAAUUAUGUCCUUAAGUAAUAAGCUGACCUAUGAGGGCAAGCUGGAGUGUGGAUCCGACAAAGUGGCCAAUGCAGUGAUAAACCUACCUCGCUUUAAAGAUGUGAAGCUGGAACUGGAAUUUUAUGUUGACUAUUCUGAUAAUCCUUGGCUGAUGGGAGUAUUUGAACCCAACAAUCCUGUUUGUUUUCUUAAUACAGACAAGGUUCCAGCACCAGAGCAAGUUGAAAAAGGUGGUGUGAGCAAUAUAACAGAAGCCAAACUCAUAGUUUUUCUAACCUCCAUUUUUAUUAAGGCUGGAUGCAAUCCCUCUGAUAUUGGUAUUAUUGCACCAUAUAGGCAGCAGUUAAAGAUCAUCAAUGAUUUAUUGGCACAUUCUUCUGUUGGGAUGGUCGAAGUUAAUACAGUAGACAAAUACCAAGGAAGAGACAAAAGUAUUGUCCUAGUAUCUUUUGUUAGAAGUAAUAAGGAUGGAACUGUUGGUGAACUCCUGAAAGAUUGGCGACGUCUUAAUGUUGCUAUAACCAGAGCCAAACACAAACUGAUUCUCCUGGGGUGCGUGCCCUCACUAAACUGCUAUCCUCCUUUGGAGAAGCUACUUGAUCAUUUAAACUCAGAAAAAUUAAUAUCCUUUUUGUUCUGUAUAUGGUCACAUUUGAUUGCACUGUUGUAUUUAUGUACUUGUAUAAAUGAAAGCUCUCACUAUGUUGCCUAAACUGGUCUCGAGCUCAUGGGCUCAAACGAUCCUCCUGCCUAGGCCUCCCAAAGUGCUGGGAUUACAGGUAUGAGCCAUGGCCCCUGGCCUAUAACUUUUUUCAAAUCCAGAACAAAUGAUUAGAUUAAAAUGGAGUGCUAUUUCUUGUUGUAUAUAUGAUUUUUAAGAUUUUUUUUUUCUCAAUAUAGGGCCUUGCUUUGUCACCCAGGCUGGAGUACAGUGAUAUGAUCAGAGCUGACUGCAGCCUCAGUCUCCUAGGCUCAAGUGGUCUUCCCACCUCAGCCUCCCUAGUAGCUGGGACCACAGGUGCAUGCCACUAUGCUCAGCUAAUUUUUGUAUUUUUUUUGUAAAGACAGGGUUUCACCAUGUUGCCCAAGCUGGUUUUGAACUCCUGGGCUCAAGUGAUUCACUCACCUCCUCUCAAAGUGCUGGAAUUACAGGUGUAAGCCACCGAACCCAGCCUUUUCUUUUUCCCCGAGAGAUAGUACCUAACUCCUUCACUCAGUCUGGAGUGCAGUGGCAGGAUCAUGGCUCACUGCAGCCUUGACCUCCUGGAAUCAAUCCUCCCACCUUAGCCUUCAUAAUAGUUGGGACCACAGGCAUGUACCACCACACCUGGCUAUUUUGUUUUAAAUAUUUAAUAGAGAUGAGGUGAUCUAGUGUACCUGGCCUUAAAAUAGAUCAUUUUUAAAAAAUGUGUAUAAAGUUCUUAGGCUAAGAUAAAUAACUCUUAUUGCUUAAGGUCAUAGUUAUUCAUAGAAUGCCAUAAAGAUCCUUAUUUUUUUGUGGUUCUGUAAACCAAAUUACAGA